AUGAGUUGUUGGCUUGAUACUGACGAUGAACUCGAAAUCAUCGACAGUACUUCCGUAGAGAUGGACCUCCUCAUGAGGAAGAAACCUGAGGAGCAAGGAGAGAGAAAAAUGAGCAGCUGGGUGGUUGAGGUUGACGAUAAACUCGAAAUGAUGGGCAAUGCUUCUUCAAGUUCAUCCCCCAAGAAACAAUCUAUCUACAGAGUACCAACCUUCAUUGCAGAUCCAAACAAGAAGGUGUACAGUCCUCAUGCAGUCUCAUUUGGCCCUUACCAUCACGAUGAGGUUCGUUUGAAACCAAUGGAGUCUCACAAGGAGCGUUCUCUUCUUCAUUUUCUUCAGAGAACUAAAGUUCCUCUAAAAACCAUCUUCGAUUCCUUCGCCCAAGUGGAACAAGAGUUGAAAGAUUCAUAUGAUUCACUUGAUUCUAAGUGGCAAACUGACAACGAAGGCUUCUUGAAGCUGAUGAUUGUUGAUGGCUGUUUCAUGCUGAAAAUUUUUCAGGCAGUCACUAAAACUCCGGCCGAUUAUGACGCCGACGAUCUGAUUUUCGGCAAUCACGGGAAGCUCUAUAUCAUGCCAGCAAGCUUUCCUCUGAAACUGAAAGACAUUCUUGAUUCCUUCGCCCAAGUGGAAGAAGAGUUGAAAGAUUCAUAUGAUUCACUUGAUCCUAAGUGGCAAAGUGACUCAAGUGACAAAGAAGGGUUCUUGAAUGUGAUGAUUAUUGAUGGCUGUUUCAUGCUGGAAAUUUUCCGGGCAGCCAUUAAAACUCCGGACGAUUAUCACUCCGACGAUCCAAUUUUCGGCAAUCACGGGGAGCUCAAUAUCAUGCCGUUUAUCAAGAGGGACAUGUUGAUGCUGGAAAAUCAACUGCCCAUGCUUGUUCUUGACAAGCUUCUGGCAAUUAGUAAGAAUGGUGACGAGUCCAUCAACGAGUUGAUCCAUAAGUUCUGUAAUCCCGACUCUCGUGACAUUCCUCCACCGACGGGAAAAUGCUUGCACGUACUUGAUAUGUUUCGGAAAAGCCUGUUCAUGAAACCUUCCGUCACCAUCUCCAUGACCGGCAUGGGCAUUGGAACCGUUACCGGCACCGGCACGGAUACUGGAACUGUCACUAGAAUCGCUUUUGAACACUGCCAUGUCGGCGCCGGCCUUGAGGUGACCUCAUAUAUCCGGUUCGUGGACAACCUCAUCGACACCUCUUCUGACGUCAGCUUUCUUCAGUCCAAAAGGAUCGUUCAAAAUUUCAUCGGAAGUGACAAAGGUGCAGCGAAUCUGUUCAACACAAGCUCUAAGAACUUGACGAUAGAUCCGGCGAGUAAGCUGGGUUGGUGGCGAGCCAAUCUGAUACAUACUUACUUCCCCAAUCCAUGGACUCUUAUCUCCGUGGUGGCCGCCGGUGUUCUUUUUGAUCUCACCAAAGCUCAGACUGCCUACGGCACAUUGCAAUACUACCAAGGCUAA